GAAACAGUUAUCACUGUCUUUUGUCUCCGUCUCUGAGAGAAAGUGUAAAGGAAGCGCCUUUUUUUUCUUUCCUCCUUAACUCGCAGAGGAGAGACUAAAGACGAAACAGUGAAACAAAAAGAAAAGCGAUGUCGCAACUCUUAUCUUCUCCCCUGAUGGCGGCAAGUUACAGUCCCUUUGCUACCCCUCGCUUUCUCUCUUCCUCUUCAGUAUUCCUCGCCGUGAAACAUCAUGGAGUAGCUUCGAAACCGACGAAGAAGACGGUGAAGCUCUCGGUGAAGUCUCGCCAGACGGAUUUCUUCGAGAAGCAGAGGUUUGGUGACUCGUCUUCUUCACAGAACGGUGAAGGAGGGCCUGCUAGAUUCUAUGUGGGUCAUUCGAUUUAUAAAGGGAAAGCUGCGUUACAAGUGGAGCCAAGAGCACCAGAGUUUGUGUCUUUAGAUUCUGGAGCUUUCAAGCUGUCGAAAGAUGGUUUUCUACUGCUUCAGUUUGCUCCUGCAGCUGGUGUAAGGCAAUACGAUUGGAGCAAGAAACAGGUGUUCUCAUUGUCGGUUUCAGAGAUUGGAAGUCUAGUAAGCCUAGGACCAAGGGAGUCUUGUGAGUUCUUCCAUGAUCCUAACAAGGGGAAAAGUGAUGAGGGAAAGGUGAGGAAAGUGUUGAAAGUUGAGCCUCUCCCUGAUGGUUCUGGCCACUUCUUCAACCUAAGUGUUCAGAACAAGCUUUUGAAUGUUGAUGAGAGCAUUUACAUACCAAUCACCAGAGCAGAGUUUACUGUUCUUGUCUCUGCUUUCAAUUUCGUGUUGCCUUACCUCAUAGGCUGGCACGCAUUUGCAAACUCCAUCAAACCAGAAGACUCAAACCGUACGAACAACUCUUCCCCCAACUAUGGAGGAGAUUAUGAAUGGAAUAGAUGAUGUAUCUAAUGACCAUAAGAGAAUCUAUAUCAGAGAUUAUCCUAUCUUUGUGUUUUGUUUGCUGGUAGAGCUCUUUGAAGAAUGAUCUUUGUUCGUAGCUAGCAGAAUAGACUAAAAGUAGUGUUUUUUCUUUUACCAAAAAAAAAAACAAGAUCUUUUGUUGUAUUCAUCUCAAAACAUCAGUUUAUUGAUUGACUUGUCUUAAAAGAAUCUCGGACUCCGG